CCAUCCCAAGCCUUCACUUCAACCUUCAACCCUCGUUCUUUUCCAAACAAGCCGCCUCCCAUGGCUGGUAAUAGAUAGCACACACACACACUCCCUCCCUCCCUCUCAUCAGCAAGAUGGAGUUCAUAACUGCCCUGCGGGGCAUGACCUUUGACGACCAGAAGCCGUCGCUGUUUGAGCUUCUCUCGGAGCAGCAACUCGCAGACCUGCUGCCGCCCACGCUGCGCUACCUCCUCGUCCACGCCACCCAGCGCUCCCCGCGCUACCUGCUGCCGGUGCUCAACUCGUUCGACGAGCUCUACGCCCUGCUGAUGCUCGUGGUCGAGCGCCACUACCUGACCACCCGCGGCGGCUCCUUCACCGAGCACUUCUACGGGCUCAAGCGCGAGAAGGCCCUGGCCGCCGAGAUCCCCCGCGCCUCCGCCCGCGCCCCGGCCGUCGUCAGGGACACCCUGCGCCUCGCCACCGCCGACGUCUGGAGGAACCUCGCCGUCAUCGUCGGCCUGCCCUACCUCAAGAGGAAGCUGGACGACGCCUACGAGGUCAACGCCCCGCGCGCCCUGCUCGGCACCGCCUACACCACCCUGCCGCCCAACGCCACCUGGACGGACAAGCUGCUCCACUACUACCGGUGGUUCCUGAGGAACGUCUACCCGAGCCUCAAUGCCGCCUACUACUUCUCGCUGCUGGCCUUCAACCUGGCCUACCUCUUCGACAACUCAAAGUACCACAACCCCUUCCUGUGGCUGAUCGGCACCAGGAUGCGCAGGAUGACCGGCGCCGACUACGCCGCCAUCGAGGCCCUCAACGACAAGGCCGCCGGCAAGGGCGCGGCCCCGGGGCCCUCCUCCUUCUUCUCCCCGCGCAACAUGGGCUCCAAGCUCCUCUCGAGCCUGUCCGUCCUCCUGCCCACCAGCAUCUUCGCCCUCAAGUUCCUCGAGUGGUGGUACGCCUCCGACUUUGCCAAGCAGCUGUCGCGCAGGGCCGCCGAGAGCCUGGACCUGCCCCCGCCCACCGUGUCCGGGGCCGCGCACACCACCCCGGCCGGCAAGCCCGCGCCCGCAAAGGAGGGCGCUGAGGCGGGUGAUGAGGAGGGCGAGGAGGACGAGAACACCCUGGCGGAGCACGCGCCUAUCGCAAAACCCUCGCUGCUGCCCAUCUACACCGUCCGACCACCCAGGAACUCGGAGCUGUGUCCGAUCUGCAGGGACGAUAUCACGACGCCCACGGCGUGCCAGACGGGCGUGGUGUACUGCUAUACCUGCGUGCACAGGUGGGUCAGCGGUGUUCACCCGAGGCAGGAGGCCUUCAUGGCCGACAAGAAGGGCAAGUGGGAGAGCGGCGAGUCGAGAUGUGCCGUUACUGGGAGGAGGGUGCUCGGGGGGACCGAAGGGCUGAGGCGGAUCAUGGUCUAAUCCGGUGUGUGGGGAGGGGGUAGGCCGGGUGGACGGUCUUUUUUUUCUCGAAAUGCCCUUCUUGUCAACUUGUUCGCAUAGCGUCUGGCGUUUUGUUCUUAUAAUUUUCAAGGGAACCGGCCCUCAUACGCAAUCACGAUAUCAAAUUACCCGCUCAGACCCGCAAAUCCAGCCCAUAAAGGAUAGUCGAUACAUUCACGUCGAAUGUUGUGGUAAGGACUUCAACAUGAUCUCGGCCAAUCGCCACACCGGCACGGCUCUGCCAGCACUUACUGGGUGGGCCCGAAACAGAUCACAAUAACGGUGCCACUCAGCAUCAACCGUGGGCCAGGCGCCACGCCCGUUGGAAAACCACGAACCCGCCCGCCCGGUCGCGAGGCUGAGGAAUGGAACUCAACGGGCGGCCCAGGCUCGGUGGCAGUGGCGGCACUACCCCAGAGGACGGGCGGGCAUUGGCCCCAUUCUAGGUAUUUGUUGUCUCUUCGAGAUUGAGAUUCCCAAGAAAAGAAAGACGGUUUAAAAUAACAACGGGCGCGUGCCUCUCCCGCGAUCGGCUGUGCCCGCGCGUGUUCCUG